AUGGAUCCCCUCCAGGGUGACGAAUUUGAGGAGCGAUGUGACAUCUUACUGAGGAAGACGGAUAUGAAAAAUUUGCUCAUCCCGAGAAAAGAAAGCGGGACAGGUGUAGAGAUAAACUUUGCAGAAGAUGGGAAGAAAUAUGAACGGAGAUUUAAACGAGCUAGGGUUAGGGUUAGGGUUAGGAGACAUGGGAAGGAUGUAUCCAUGUGCUGCUUCUCAGUAGGAAGGACAGCAACCAAGUUGGGCGAAUUCCUUUCGAGUGAUACGUUCGGAAAGGUGAAGAAUCAAAGUGACACAUCCUCAGAGGUGGACAAUAAAAUGAACCAUUCCUUUCACAGGUAUUACCAUUUGAUGCAAAAUCAUAGGAAGAUAAUUCCCUUGGGUGACCCCCCAUUAAGGGAUGGAAAGCUGUCCCAAUUUGACGACUCCCAACAGAAGGGGAAGAAAAAAGCUGCUGCGUUUAAGGGUCUCCUUGAUCAGCAUUUAGAAGAGAAACUGGUGAAUCCCCAUAAGGAAAAAAAAAAAAAGCAAAAGUGGAGACAUGACUCCCCCAAAGGGGGCAAACUCUCCACAAUCGCUGAUUGCCUAGCAACUCAGGUGAAAAACUAUGCCAAUUGUACCUACCUGUUGGGGAGAAAAAAAUGUUACAACUGUUUUAUGGCCACCCAGGGGGGAAACACAGAGGAGGAUAUUCCAUCCAAGGGUGUCUCCAUAAAUGAUUACGGAUUUUACAGCAAGAAGGGAAAGUACCAUGAUAAUGAGGAUACAUGUUCGCAUGCCUCAUUCAGUUCUUAUGAAAUACAAAAGGAGGUAGAGCAUGUGAUCCAUCUCAUGGGAAGCAGAAAAAUGAAAUUUAGUCUCUUCGAUGAGGUUUUAAAAAUGUUUUGCAAGCGUUCGUUGAUUCUUCGCAAUAGGGAUGACUCUCCUCGGGAGACUAAACUCGGUAGACAUAGAAACGAAUUGUAUCCUCCUUCAAAACGUUCAAAUGGAGGCACUUGUAAGGUUUACUUAAAACCCGUGCUGCCAUUGUAUCACCUGGAGGGGGGAAACCCAUCGAUUGGCCCUCACCACUACGACAUGAUCUGCAGGUAUUUUUAUGAAGAAAGGAGCAGAGACAACAAAGAGGGGAACAGAAUUACACAAAAAAGAGAGAGAAAAAAAAAUAUGCAUAAGGACACACAUGAUGUGGAAAAGGGGAACAAAAAAUUACAGUUAGAAUGCUUAACCCAGUGGAGAGAGAAAGCCCACAUGUUAGAUGACCAGGGAGAGGAAUUCUACCAAACACACAACCCUAAUUUGCGAUUCUCUCAUUACUAUAAGUUCUUCUGUAAGACGAAUAUAACUACGUGAAUGCUCAACCUACUUGCAGCUAGCCAAGAGAGGGAAAAGACAAUGUUAGGAAAAAAUUUCAAAAAUGAUGAUGAACAAAGGGGUCAUUUAGCUGAAGAGGGAAAGAUUUACCAAAACUGGAAGGAGCUGCAAAUGUGCAAGGAUGAGUUGGAGAGAUGCUUUACGAGAAAGAAUGCCUCGAAUGAAUGGGACAGAAAGGGAGAGCUCUGUCGAAGUUUCCUCAAACGGAAGAGACACAAAAUGAUGCGAUCGAGGGAGUGGAAAAGGUGGAUGGACCAUAUGCGAAGGUAUCUCUUUGAACAAUACUACGCGAGAUUCAUUACCGCGAAGGAAUCGAAACCGGGUGAAGGACACUCCGAUGGAUCUUCUAAACACAGAGGGAUGGACCACAACUUCGACAUGCAUUUGUUCACCAUAUGCGACGGUCAUGGCGAUUCGCAUGCUUCCCACUUUCUAAUUCAAAAUGUGCACAAGGUUUUUUACUACCUCCUCGUUCACACUCUCUUCAAUGUCUAUAUCUCCCUAAAGAUACUCCACCCCCUGUUGGAUUUUUUAUACUACCAGGAGUGUGCAAUAGAGAAGAGUAGCAUCUCUGCAGGCUCUUGUAUUAUUAACAUACUGCUAAGGAGGAACUAUCUUUAUGUGAACAACACGGGGGAUAGCAGGUGUGCCCUGAUGACUUUUCACCUGGACAGGUUUGAAUACAAUCGAGAGGUCCCAACGGAGGAGGAGAGGGAAGACAAUGGGGAGAGAAGAAAGAAGCGAAGAGGGGGAAAGUCCAAGAGGAGGACGCAGCGCGGUGCUCGCGAGGUUGGCAGCGACUGCGACUAUGAUCGCGAGUACGAGGCAUACGUCAUCAACGAGAACUCAUUUUCUUACAACGAGCUGAACUGCGAACAUAACUGCAAUAGUUACAUGGAAUACUUGCGGAUGUAUAAGAUGCACCUGUGUGAGGAGUUACUGAGUCGACAAGUGAGCACAGGGGAGGGGCACUACCCUGGAGAGAGGCACAACGAGAAUGGGGACUCUUCCGUGAGUAUACCCCCUGGAGACAAAUCUCGAAGGGGUGUGCAGGACGAAGAACAGAUAGAGGCACUUCCCAACGUGAAGAAGACGAAGAAAAAGGCGGACCUGAAAAAGACAAAGAUGGAUAGCCACUUGAACAAACAAAUCGAAAUGCUUAAUGGGUACCUACUAAGCGAACGAGGAAGGGAAAUAAACAUAGGGAACCUCUCCUAUGAUUUAAUAAAAUAUAAUAGAGUGGAUGGGUGCCUACAUCCGUGCAGAGUUAUUGGAGACUACGACUUGAAGAGGAAGUACUACAAUGGGCAUUUCAUCCUUUCCAGCGAUUCGAAUGUGUACAAGUACGACAUGAACAACAUCAAUUUGGUCAAUAUGAUUCGUUAUCUAUACUUGAGCAAGUUCUGCGGAGCGUGCAGGAGGAGCUACCUCCUCAGUAGCUAUGGCAAGAUUGGGCCCAUCAGGCAGAUUGUCCUUUUGGACGUUCCGGAGGAGGGCCACCAGGGGGGGAAAACCCACACGGUGCGCGCUGCUAAUCUGCAGCGUAGCACCAUUGUGAGCAGCGCAGAGGUGUCCCCUAAACUGCCUAAGCUGCCCAAACUGCCUGAACUGCCCAAACUGCCUGAACUGCCCAAACUGCCCAAACCGCCCAAACCGCCUGAACUGCCCAAACUGCCCAAACCGCCUGAACUGCCCAAACUGCCCAAACCGCCCAAACCGCCCAAACCGCCCAAACCGCCCAAACCGCCUAAACCGCGUCAACCUUCGGAGUGGAGACCUCCCCCCGCUGGAUUGUGUUUAAAAAUUUACAGGGACGGCGCGCCCCAGAGUAACGUGCUUGGCAGCCAGGUGGAGAAGAAAAAAGAAAACUCCGCUGUACAGAUAAACGAGCGGUUUGCACCCUACAUUAACAUCAAAAGUGUUUCCAUGAAUGAAAAUUAUUUAUGCUGGAAGGAACGAAGGAACUUUUUCCACUUGCUGAUCAUUGCCUCAGACGGCGUUUUCGAGUAUGUCAACCCGCACUUGGUAUUAAACAUUUUAAAAAAAAACAAAUCCGUGUAUGCCAAGGUGAGGAAGCUGUACCGAACGUACAACACGGCAGAGUUGUGGACAACCACCGCAGGAAGUACCCCCCAAAGGGACAUAAACAAAAUGAUGCAGAGGUAUAUGCUCACAAAAGAAGAUUGUACUAAACUGGCCAGGGACAUUGUCAAAAGUUCGAUAAUGCAUGGCAAUUUGGACGACAGCACAUGUUUUUGUAUUUUUAUAUUUCCCACUUUUUUUGUUUGUGGAUAA